GAUAAAUAAAAAAGAAAAUCCUAAUUCUAUAAAGGAUUGAAUUAGUUAAGAAUCGGAACCAGAAAUCGCUGAGGCUAAAACAACAAGAAGAAAAUGUCGGGACCGCAAGAGGAAGAUAAGAAGCCCGGCGACCAAUCCGCCGCCCACAUCAACCUCAAAGUCAAAGGCCAGGAUGGGAAUGAAGUUUUCUUCAGGAUCAAAAGAAGCACUCAACUGAAGAAGCUUAUGAAUGCAUAUUGUGACCGACAGUCUGUGGAUUUCAACUUGAUUGCCUUCUUGUUCGAUGGCCGCCGCCUUCGGGGCGAGCAAACUCCAGAUGAACUAGAAAUGGAGGAUGGUGAUGAGAUAGAUGCUAUGCUGCACCAAACCGGUGGAACAACUGCUUUCACAAUGCUCUCAUUUGUGUGAAGCCAAGUUUUAGCUUACUAUUCUUAUCACUUAAAGGGUAGAGUUGUUUUCUGAUUAUGUAGAUGUUAUGUAUAUAUAUAGACUCAUGGCCACGGAGUGUUGUGAACUUGGCCUGGCUCUGAAAUAUCUAGCUUUUAUGGCUGCUGUUUACUUAAUGAGAUGGGAUUUGGAACAUUUUUUUUA